GGUCCUCCUGGACUACCAGGACCUCGUGGUCCACCUGGCGUUAAAGGGGACAAGGGUAUACCUGGUCCUGCUGGAGAGAUUGGGGCAACUGGUGAACCGGGAACAGCUGGAAUUGCUGGUUCGCCAGGGCUACCAGGACAAAAUGGCGGACCACCUGGCCCACCGGGAGAAAAAGGAAUUACGCCUGGGGAGCGAGGUGCUCCGGGUGAAAGAGGACCUGCUGGAGGACAAGGUGUACCAGGAGUACCAGGGUUACCAGGGCCGCCAGGAUUAACUGGGCCAAGAGGAUUAAGAGGACAACCAGGAAUGCCGGGUAUGCCUGGAUUACCGGGCCGAAGUGUUUCUGAGAGUGAAAUAAGAGAAUUGUGUUAUCAGAUUUUAAGAGAUCAAAUUGAAGAUUUGGUUGCUGAUUUAAGAGGUCCACCAGGACCACAAGGUGUUGGUAAACCUGGCAGACCAGGAGCUCCCGGAGAUCAAGGACUCGAAGGACCAGUUGGGCCACCAGGUGAAAGAGGUUUCAUGGGAUUACCAGGCUUACCAGGUCCACAAGGACCACCCGGAUCACAAGGAUCUAAAGGUGAUAGAGGACCUACAGGGUAUGGUAUGGAUGGUAAACCAGGACCACCAGGUGCUUCAGGUCCAACUGGACCGCCCGGAGAGGGCAUCAUGGGUAGACCGGGUGAACGAGGACCACCCGGACAAAACGGAAACACCGGACAUAGGGGUCAAAGAGGUCAACCUGGACCCCCAGGAUAUUGUGAAUAUUGUAAUUACGCUAGUGCAGGAACGAACUAUCUUCGUAUGUCACGAAAUAACAACAAGGGGCCUUAA